AUGGUGCUAUCACCAUCCAUCGUAAUACUUUUAUCAUUUGUGGUUUAUCAAUAUUUCACUCGUCGACAAUAUAUACUGGAAGAUGAAUUUCAGGGGUACAUAAUUCAUGAUUCGAUUAAUAUAACGAGUUCAAAAAAUGAAUCUCAUAUUAUAAAUGAUGUGGUUUACGAUUAUGAAUAUGGAUGGGAUUUUCAACGGUCAAAUCAAGAGAAUAUGAUUAAAAUUGAUGAAUUAAUCGAUAAUAUAUCUCCAGAGCAGAUUAAUCAGAAAUUCAUAAUUCAUAAAUACAUUAAUGAAACAAACUUAUAUCAUAGAGAAAAGGCGACGUUUUUAAUCUUAUGUCGAAAUUCAGAUUUAAUAGAUAUAUUAGAAACCAUUCAAAAUGUUGAAGAUCGAUUUAAUAAAAAUUUCCAUUAUGAUUAUACAUUUCUUAAUGAUGAGAAAUUUACUAAUGAAUUCAUAUAUUUAAUUUCAUCAUUCAUACCAUUUGGAACCAUCAAUUUUGGAUCGAUCCCCGCUGAACAUUGGGAAAUACCUCAAUUUAUCGAUUUAGAUCGAUUUGAUCUUGCUUUAAAUCAAGAUAUGAGAGAUAUAGUAUAUGGAGAUUCAAUUUCGUAUCGAAAGAUGUGUCGAUUCUUCUCGGGAUUCUUUUAUAAACAUGAAUUAGUUAAGCCAUAUCAAUAUUAUUGGAGAAUUGAACCCGGGAUAAAAUUAUAUUGUGAUAUUAAUUAUGAUGUAUUUGAAUUCAUGCAUAGUAAUCACAAAAAGUAUGGUUUCACAUUAACUAUGUUUGAAUAUGAAAAUACCAUUCCUAGUUUAUGGAGUGAUUUUCAACAAUUUAUAACCAUGUAUGAUGAUGAUGAGAAUCAAUAUAAUCUGAAUGAAUUAAUGAAAUUAAUUCAAAAUCAAUCAUCAAAUACAUAUAAUUUAUGUCAUUUCUGGACAAAUUUUGAAAUCGGCGAUUUCUCAUUAUUUACCAGUGAUGCAUAUGAGAAAUUAUUUACAUUUUUUGAUUAUAAAGGUGGAUUCUUUUAUGAAAGAUGGGGGGAUGCCCCUAUUCAUUCAUUGGCUAUUGCCAUUUCUUUAAAAAAAUCAGAUUUACAUUGGUUUGGAGAUAUAGGUUAUUAUCAUAAACCAUAUUUACAAUGUCCCAAAUCAUCCCUUAUGUUCAUUAAUAAUAAAUGUUCUUGUAAUCAAGAUGAUGAUUUUAGCUUUACUGAUUUAAGUUGUACUAAUCAUUUUUUAAAUGUCAUUAAUGGAUUAUAG